GGUUGAGCUGGAGAAUUGCUCUGGUUUCCCAUGUGCAGAUACCAAUGUCUUAUUGGACGCAGAUGAUUGCCAAGAAAAAGAAGUGUGUCCAAGGUGUGGGAAAACACUCCAAGAUGAAUCUGGAUUAUGUGACUGUAGUGAAAGCCUUUCUGGAGAGAAACAAGAUGAAAGCAGGCAAGAGUUCUCCAGAAGGACCCUUCCUCCUCCUUUACAUGAAAUAAUACAAAAAGGAGGGGAAAUGUUCAAAUAUACAGAAUGUGCAGAAAGUUUCAGUACAAACUGCUCUCUUGUAUUACAUAAAAAGGUUCACAAAGCAGAGGAUCCACACAAAUGUCUGGAUUGUGGAAGGACCUUCAGGCAGAAAAGUCAUCUCAAUUCACAUAAGAGGAUGCAUAAAGGGGAGAAACCUUAUAAAUGCUUGCACUGUGGAAAGACCUUCAGUCAAAAAGGUCAUCUUAAGUCACAUGAGAGGAUCCACACAGGAGAAAAACCAUUUCAAUGCACGGAGUGUGGAAAGAGCUUCCGUUUCUCAGCAAACCUUAAUGCUCAUCACAGAAUCCACACAGGGGAGAAGCCGUUUCAAUGCCUGCAGUGUGGGAUGUGUUUUGCCCGUUCUGAUAGCUUGCAUGCCCACGAACGGACCCACACAGGGGAGAAAGCAUACAUGGAGUAUGGAAAGAGCUCUGGUGAUUCCAGCCACUUAAGUUUCCAUAGAAGAAUCCACAGUGGAGAGAAACUGUAUCAAUGCACCGAGUGUUGGAAGCGCUUCACUAAUGAACAGAAUCUUACUGUCCAUAAAAGGAUCCACACAGGUGAAAAGCCUUAUAAGUGCACCGAGUGUGGCAAAUCCUUCACUCGACUGGGGAAUCUCUCUCGUCACAAAAGGCUCCACACUGGGGAGAAAUCAUAUGAAUGCCGCACAUGUGGAAAGAUCUUCAAUGGAAAAUAUUGCUAUUUAUCACAUAGGAGGACGCAUACUGGGGAGAAGCCCUUUCAAUGCCUGCAAUGUGGAAAGUAUUUUGCCCGUUCUGAUAGCUUGCAUGCCCACGAACGGACCCACACAGGGGAGAAACCAUACAAAUGUCUGGAGUGUGGAAAGAGCUUCGGUGAUUCCAGCAACUUAAGUUCCCAUAGGAGAAUCCACAGUGGAGAGAAACCGUAUCAAUGCACCGAGUGUGGGAAGUGCUUCAAUAAUCAACAGAAUCUUACUGUCCAUAAAAGGAUCCACACAGGUGAAAAGCCUUAUAAGUGCACUGAGUGUGGCAAAUGCUUCACUCGACUGGGGACUCUCUCUCUUCACAAAAGGCUCCACACUGGGGAGAAACCAUAUGAAUGCCACACUUGUGGAAAGAGCUUCAAUGGAAAAUAUAAACUAAUGAGCUAUAAAAGGAUUCACACAGGGGAGAAACCUUAUAGGUGCACGGAAUGUGGGAUGAGUUUUAGAAAAAAUAGUUACCUUUGUAUCCACAAGAGAAUCCACACCGGGGGGGGGGAGAAACCAUAUAUAUGUCAUGAGUGCGGAAAAAGCUUUAGUGGAAAUCAUUCACUAAGGAUCCAUAGAAGACUUCGCUCAUGGGAGAAGCCCUAUAAAUGCCUGGAGUGUGGAAAAUGUUACAGAGACAGUGGCAAGCUUACCUUCCACAUGAGGAUCCACACAAGAGAGAAGCCAUUUAAAUGCAUUGACUGUGGAAAGAGUUUCAGAGAUGGCAGGAAUCUUACGGUUCAUAAAAGAAUUUGCACCAGAGGAGCCAUAUACACUCUCAUGGCCUCGUCUUCAUCUCCCGGAACCUCAGGUCUUUGUAAUGGAGGAUUAACAGCAGUUGAACUUCCAAUGAAGAUGGAGGAUUCUGGUCAAGAGGCAGCAGCACCUUUGCCAAAAGACAAAAAGGAUGUUACAGAAAAGAUGGAUGGAAAGCAAAGUUCUGAGGAAAACCUGUUAACGGUUGAGCUGGAUAAUUGCUCUGGUUUACCUUGUGCAGAUACCAAUGUCUUAUUGGACACAGAUAAUUGCCAAGAAAAAGAAGUGUGUCCAAGGUGUGGGAAAACACUUCGAGAUGGAUCGGGAUUUUGUGACUGUUGUGAAAGCCCUGCUGGAGGGAAACAAGAUGAAAGCAGGCAACACUCCGGGAGGACCCUUCCGCCUCCUUUACAUGAAAGAAUACAAGAAGGAGGGGAAAUGUACAAAUGUACUGAAUGUGCAGAAAGCUUCAGUACAAGCCGCUCUCUUGCACUGCAUAAAAAGAUUCACAAAGCAGAGGAGCCACACAAAUGUCUGGAUUGUGGAAGGACCUUCAGGCAGAAAAAUCAUCUCAGUUCACAUAAGAGAGUCCAUAAGGGGAAGAAACCUUAUACAUUCCUGAACUGUGGAAAGAGCUUCAGUCAAAAAGGUCAUCUUAAGUCACACAAGAGGAUCCACACAGGAAAAAAACCAUUUCAAUGCCUGCAGUGUGGAAAGAGCUUCAAUUACUCUUCACACCUUACUGCCCAUAACAGAAUCCACACGGGGGAGAAGCCCUUUCAAUGCCCGCAGUGUGGAAAGUGUUUUGCCCGUUUUGAUAGCUUGCAGGUCCACGAACGGACCCACACAGGGGAGAAACCAUACAAAUGUCUGGAGUGUGGAAAGAGUUUCGGUGAUUCCAGCCGCUUAACUUCCCAUAGAAGAAUCCACACUGGGGAGAAACCAUAUGAAUGUCGCACUUGUGGGAAGAACUUCAGUAGAAAAUAUAACUAUAUCGUACAUAGCAGGACCCACACUGGGGAGAAACCCUUUCAAUGCUUGCAGUGUGGAAAGUGUUUUGCCCGUUCUCAUAGCUUGCAUGCCCACGAACGGACCCACACAGGGGUGAAACCAUACAAAUGUCUGGAGUGUGGAAAGAGCUUCGGUGAUUCCAGCCGCUUAACUUCCCAUAGAAGAAUCCACACUGGAGAGAAACCAUAUCAAUGCGCUGAGUGUGGGAAGCGCUUCAGUCAAACACGUCUCCUUAUUCUCCAUAAAAGGAGAAUCCACAGUGGAGAGAAACCAUAUCAAUGCACCGAGUGUGGGAAGUGCUUCAGUACUCAACCGGAUCUUACUGUCCAUAAAAGGAUCCACACAGGUGAAAAGCCUUAUAAGUGCACCGAAUGCAGCAAAUGCUUCACUGAUUUGAGUUCUCUCUCUCGCCACAGAAGCGUCCACACUGGGGAGAAACCACAUGAAUGCCACAGGUGUGGAAAGAGCUUCAAUAGAAGAUAUUGCUAUAUUGUACAUAGCAGGACCCACACUGGGGAGAAACCAUAUCAAUGCCACAGGUGUGGAAAGAGCUUCAAUAGAAGAUAUUGCUAUAUUGUACAUAGCAGGACCCACACUGGGGAGAAACCAUAUCAAUGCCACAGGUGUGGAAAGAGCUUCAAUAGAAGAUAUUGCUAUAUUAUCAAGGAGGCUUGGAGCUCAGUGGCUGGGAAACCAGCGGGAAGAAAAGGGGGCGAUCCCUCCCAGGUGCUGUUGUUUCGGGGAGUUGUUCUGGACGAGCCUCCUCCGGAAAGAGUAUCAGCUGGUGAUGAAUGGGAGAUGGAGGAUUCUGGCCAAGAGGCAACAGCACCGUUGCCGAAAGACAAAAAGGAAGUUGCAGAAAAGAUGGAUGGAAAGCAAAGUUCUGAGGAAAACCAGUUAAUGGUUGAGCAGGAGUAUUUGUCUAGUUUCCCACGUGCAGAUACCCAUGUCUUAUUGGACGCAGAUGAUUGCCAAGAAAAAGAAGUGUGUCCAAGGUGUGGGAAAACACUUCGAGAUGAAUUGGGAAUUUGUGACUGUUGUGAAAUAUUUGCUGGAGAGAAACAAGAUGAAAGCAGGCAACACUCCGGAAGGACCCUUCCGCCUCCUUUACAUGAAAGAAUACAAGAAGGAGGGGAAAUGUACAAAUGUACGGAGUGUGCAGAAAGCUUCAGUACAAGCCGCUCUCUUGCAUUGCAUAAAAAAAUUCACAAAGCAGAGGAGCCACACAAACGUCUGGAUUGUGGAAGGACCUUCAGGCAGAAAAAUCAUCUGAGUUCACAUAAGAGGGUCCACGAAGAGAGGAAGCAGCAUCAAUGCAUCACCUGUGGAAAGACCUUUGGAAACAGAACCUCCCUUACUUCCCAUCAAACCAUCCAUAGAGAGGAGAGGUUGCAUCAACUCAGGGAGAGGAGAACAAGGUUUACUCAGAGCAAUGAACUGAAAAGCGCCACUGGAACCAUGAUCCAUACAGGGGAAAAGCCAUAUCAUUGCACUGUGUGCAGAAAGAGCUUUGCACAAAAAGGCAAUUUCAAUUUACAUCAGAGGAUCCACGCCGGAGGGAAACUGUAUAAAUGCACAGAGUGUGGAAAAUGCUUCAAAGCCCCCGGUGCCCUUACUUCCCAUAAGAGGAUUCACACGGGGGAGAAACCCUAUGAAUUCUUGGAGUGUGGAAAAAUCUUCAAUAGACGUGAUACACUAACUAAAUGUAAUAGGAUGCAUAUAGGGGAGAAACCUUAUAAAUGCCUGCACUGUGGAAAGAGCUUCAUUCAAAAAAGUCAUCUUAAGUCCCACGAGAAGAUCCACACAGGAAAAAAACCAUUUCAAUGCACGGAAUGUGGAAAGAGCUUCCGUUUCUCAUCAAAAUUUAAUGCUCAUUGCAGAAUCCACACAGGGGAGAAGCCCUUUCAAUGUUUGCAGUGUGGAAAGUGUUUUGCCCGUUCUGAUAGCUUGCAUGCCCACAAACAGACCCACUCAGAGGAGAGUCCAUACAAAUGCCUGGAGUGUGGAAAGAGCUUCGGUUAUUCCAGCAACUUAACUUCCCAUAGGAGAAUCCACAGUGGAGAGAAACCAUAUCAAUGCACCGAGUGUGGGAAGUGCUUCACUACUCAACAGAAUCUUACUGUCCAUAAAAGGAUCCACACAGGUGAAAAGCCUUAUAAGUGCACCGAAUGUAGCAAAUGCUUCACUGAUUUGGGUUCUCUCUCUUGCCACAGAAGCGUCCACUCUGGGGGGAAACCACAUGAAUGCCACAGGUGUGGAAAGAGCUUCAAUAGAAGAUAUUGCUAUAUUGUACAUAGCAGGACCCACACUGGGGAGAAACCAUAUCAGUGCCAGGAAUGUGAAAAACGCUUCCAUGAUUCUCAAGCACUGACAAUCCAUAAAAGGAUUCAUACAGGGGAGAAACCCUAUAAAUGCACGGAAUGUGGCAUGAGUUUCAGAAAAAGUAGUUUUCUUGGUAUCCACAAGAGGAUCCACACUGGAGAGAAACCAUAUACAUGUUACGAAUGCGGAAAAAGCUUUAAUGAAAGUAAUUCACUCAGGAUCCAUAGAAGACUUCACUCAGGGGAGAAACCCUAUAAAUGCACGGAAUGUGGCAUGAGUUUCAGAAAAAGUAGUUUUCUUGGUAUCCACAAGAGGAUCCACACUGGAGAGAAACCAUAUACAUGUUACGAAUGCGGAAAAAGCUUUAAUGAAAGUAAUUCACUCAGGAUCCAUAGAAGACUUCACUCAGGGGAG